AUUCGGGACAGCGAACUGGUAGAAAUUGGUCAGCUUUUAAGAUCAUGUCUACCGGCCUUUCGGAACAAUACACUCAGGCGCGCUUGUUGGGAUACUUACGGCUCCGAUCCUACUUUACUUUGUCCACUUGUCACCCCGGCCAAUUGUUUGCGGUCCCCGCUAAUUCCACUGAUUCUUGCCACCAGUUUACCAGAUACGGCCGAUUGGAUGUGGCGAACCACUUUGCUCCAGCUUCCAAUACGACGAGCUGACAGUCUGUCACUGUUUUUGGCCCUAGAAGCAGCGUACCGAAGCGGAAACCUGACUUCCGACCUCUCUGUCCCAGUAUACAUUCAA